CAUAGUAUUGGAUCAGCCAAGGCUGACGUCACCCACCCUCCAGCAGCAGCAGGACCAGAAGUGAUUGAAUGCACAAAACAGACGGGCAGCCUCUCAUCUCAUUGCCAUCCUAACCACAGCAACUGCAAGGCAAGAACACAAGCUACACAGACAGACUGUACACUUUAGGGCUUUCUGAUUUCUCGCUGGAUUCUUAGAAACAGACAUCAAAUCAUCUGUUGGUGCAUGAGAAGAAUAAGGAAGGAGAAAAAUUGCUCGACCAUCCCUUUUACCUUAUUGCCUGGGAAGAUACUGUUAUCAUCAUUACAGAAUCAGCUGCAGUAGCCACAUGUAUGGGGGACUCCAGCCUCCUCCCAGAUAUUUAUUUUGUCCAGUGAUUUUGUGUGUGUCUGCUGUGGGAUAAGCAUUUUGUGUAACAGGAACAGCUACUGCAGGUUGCUGCAUUAUUCAAGGUUUGUGAGUGAAGAUGAGAAGUAUGCAGCUAUUUAUUUCUAUUGCAGCAAUCCUGUAACCACUAAGGAGAACAGCACUAAACCUGGCACAGGAUUUAUGUGAGCAUUAAAUAACCAUAGCUGAUAAAAAUCACCGAGUGGCGUUAUUGGGGCUUAUAAUAACACAUCAGCACGGAAAUAACAGACCAAAACAGGUCUAGUUUCAUUUAUAUCCAGAAACAAGGAUUUAAAAAAGAAAAUAAUGGACCAUUGGCUUUGUGCUAUAAAUGAGCUGGAAUAUAUGCUGUAAAAUCAUGGGCAAGAUGCUUGGAAUACUCAAUGCUCCUGAUUACUAGUACUGCCUCCUGCUGCCUGGGGGCGCUCUCUUUAUCUCUUCAAUUCUCAUCCCUAAUCCCGGAAGAUACGGAAGCACGAAGGGUUUAAAAUUUGUUCUAAGAUACAGUGUAUCAGUGUUUUUACUCAAGUGAGGGAAUCUUAAGUUUUCUUUCUAUUUCAAGUAUUGGUACAUACCAGUGUCCUACAUUUUGACUGGGCACAAUUUGCAAUCAGGGCCUCUCAGGAAUAUAAGGAUUUUUUUCUUGCCCAGUCAACAUGACUCACUUGCAGGCUGGCCUGUCUCCUGAGACACUAGAGAAAGCUCGCUUGGAGCUGAAUGAGAACCCAGACACUUUGCACCAGGAUAUCCAGGAGGUAAGGGACAUGGUUAUCACACGGCCAGAUAUUGGUUUCCUCAGGACAGAUGAUGCUUUCAUUUUGAGGUUUUUGAGGGCGAGGAAAUUUAACCACUUUGAGGCUUUCCGUCUGUUGGCUCAAUACUUUGAGUACCGCCAACAGAACCUGGAUAUGUUCAAGAACUUCAAGGCCACUGAUCCAAGUAUAAAGCAAGGGCUCAAGGAUGGAUUCCCUGGAGUACUCUCUAAUCUUGACCACUUUGGCAGGAAGAUUUUGGUGUUGUUUGCUGCCAACUGGGACCAGAGCAGAUACACACUUGUGGAUAUUCUGCGUGCAAUACUUCUAUCUCUGGAAGCUAUGAUAGAAGACCCAGAACUUCAAGUCAAUGGAUUUGUUUUGAUUAUAGACUGGAGCAACUUCACCUUCAAACAGGCCUCAAAGUUGACCCCAAGCAUGCUGAGACUAGCGAUUGAAGGUCUUCAGGAUAGUUUUCCAGCUCGUUUUGGAGGAAUCCAUUUUGUCAAUCAACCGUGGUACAUUCAUGCCCUCUAUACUGUUAUACGACCCUUCUUAAAAGAAAAGACACGGAAGAGGAUAUUUUUACAUGGUAAUAAUCUCAAUAGUUUACAUCAACUGAUUCACCCAGAGAUUCUACCUUCUGAGUUUGGCGGAAUGUUACCACCUUAUGAUAUGGGAACAUGGGCAAGAACACUCUUAGACCAUGAGUAUGAUGAUGAAAGUGAAUACAAUGUAGAGUCAUACAAGAUGCCAACAAAAGUGGAAGUAGAAAAGGACUUGUCUCCUAAAGCCAUGAAGAGGUCUCAGUCAGUAGUGGAUCCUGGAGUGCUAAAACACAAUGACAAGAAUGAAGAUGACACCACACAACAACCCUUACUGUCCCUUGAUUAGCAGAUAAUCUGCAGCACUCUCAGAAGAUUUGGAAGAGAAUAAAUAAUUUCCCAAAAAUAAAUAAACACUACAGGAAUGUACCAACUGGAAAUGUAUUAUAUAUGUUAAUGUUGCAUAAUGUAAUAUUACAAAACGUUUUCUCUACUUUGCAAGUGUUAAGGGGCCACAAAAUAAUGCUUUUAUUCUGUAAGUGCCAAUUUGCUGUUUGUAAAUAGAAUCCAAAUUAAUUUCUCACUUUAGAUUUAUAAGUGCUAUUCUGAACACCAGGGAAAAUGGUUUCACAGGAACCAUACCUAAAAUUGUGUAAUGUAAAAAAACAAAAAAGAAUACAAAAAUAGUAUAUUAUAGUAGGUUCCAUCUUUUUAUAUAAAGCCAUAUAGCAGCUACUACACUACUUUUUAUUCCGAAUAUUGCAUAAAGACAUUUCAGUAUGUAAUUGCUUUUCUAAAACAUUGGAAAUGGAAGUGAGCUUUUGUGACUCGCAGACAGAAGUUUCAGCUUGGAAAGGAAUACAAGGUAAAAGCAUGUUGACUUAUUAGAGACAACAGAACAAAUUAUGUCUGUACUGUGCCAAACUGGUUUGUUAUUGAGAUUUGUGAUGCUAGCUUUAUUCCCACAGUAUUAUUUACUAUUAUAAAAUCAAUCCUAAAAAAUAGAGUGAGUUAAACCAGUGCCAUUGAGUAGAAUCAAGUAAUGUGCUGAAAACUAUUUUUGGAAUCUCAUUUGUUUCUUAUUGCACAGAUGAUUUUGUCAAGCAGUGCUUCUCUGGAAACUAUUCUAUGGUAGUAGUAGUAUCUUCAGUAUUGUACAUUGAUUACUACAGGUUGAUGUAUUCACAAAGAGCAAGAAAGAAAUCACCAUCUAAACUUAGCAGACUGCUUCUACUAUUGCUACUGUGGGUCAAGUAACACUUUAGUGUUUUCACUGUCCAAGAUGUUCUACACAACUUUGUUAAUAUAUAUUAUAACACCGAGGAGGCAAUAAGUUUUACUGCCGGUCCCUCUUUAUAGUACUUUCUGCAAAGUGCAUUCAUUUUGUCAUUGGUAAUGUUGUAUGUUGUGAUUAGCUACAUGAGAUGUUUUAAAACUAAAUAUUCAUUAAAUUAACAGAUGAAACAGUCACACAUUUUAAGUAUAAGUUCCUAUUCAAUGGUACUCUUUUUCCACACAAUAUUAAUUUCACUGCCACAUCUUCUAAGUUUAAUGUGCAUAUAUAUGUAGACAUACUAUAUGUGAUGGAAUUCAUCUCUUUUUUUCAAACGCUGUUGGGAUAUAGUAUAUUCUGUUGUAUUGGUUCAUUUCUGUAGAACUGGAUGGUCAUAGAAUGUGAUAGAGCAUCUGAAAUUGUUUGACAGUCUCUUAAGAAGUUACUCUGACCCAUGCAAUAAUAUAAAGAUAUUAUCACAGCUCAUGUAAUGGAUUGUUCGUAAUACUAUAAGUUUAUAGACCCUCCUGAAUGUGAACUGUACAAUCACUAUGGGAUCUACACAUUAUCAAGGUGAUAGAUUUAAUUAUUUAUCCAAUUCAUUGCAAGUUGCGGCGGUUUCAAUACUUAACUACCGGUGCAAGUCACCAUUGCUCUAGUGCAGGGAAAGCUCAUCGGAACAUCAACAGUUCUCAUGCUCACUAACACUCCUAUUAAAGUAGUAUUGAUACCACUGCUGGGCCUGCCCAGUUUGCAUGUAUUGCCUGAAUUCACGCAUGUGCAAGGCCAGGGUGCUGUUAUUGUAUCUCUCUUCGCCACCUGGACCACCUUCCCAUAGUAAGGAACAAGACUUCAAGAGCCAACAUCAACUGAAGAUGUUGUAGGUUCCCGCAGGCAAACUGAACAUCAGGCGGCCCCAUCGAGUCCAUAAUAAUGAAUGAACCAUUACUAAAAACAUGCAGAAUCUAGUAUGUACACAUGUGUAAUGGGCCCAAUAGUGAUAAUCGUUAGGCCCUUAUAUAACUGGCAUCUAAAUUAAUCCAUGGUUUUUUUUAUAAUGCCCUCAAUGGUCACCAAAUCUUCUCAAGCACCGCUUGCAUUCACUGUGGUGAUGGUCACCUCUUUAGUGAUUGUCUCUAAAAUCAAAAUUAGUUUCUAAGAUGAAGUACUCAACUGAAGAAUUAAUGCAUAUAUUAGAUGAAAAAGCGGAACAAAUAUGUAGUAAGAGCAUGCGGUGAGACUGAUCUCUUUAUUAUAAAGAGCAAAAUCCUACUAUAUAAGAAACUCAAUUAUUACAGACUUAAGGCCCUUAAACAUAUGCAACGGAUUGUGACAAUUCCCCGAUCCCCCAAUGCUUGGGUCGAGGAUUUGGGCAUAUUCAACAUAUUGAAUUACCCUGAUUUGACCAUCCUUUUUUUUUUUAAAUAGUUUUAUUGACAGGUUUAAGUACAGCACAUUGAGUACACAUAGUUGGGUCACAAUAUAAAAAUAAACAGUCUAUGGAGAACAUAGUAAAGCCAAGACAAUGCGAUGUUACAGAGCAAUUGAAAUAUGUGUAGUGGAAGGGAAAAAGUACAAUACUGUCAACAAUUUCCCAAACAUCGAGAAGUCGGCAAAUAAAGAAAACAAAUAGGGGGUAGUGACAAUGGUUACAAUAUAAAGCAAAGAAAAUGAAAAAGGAGUGCCAUUACUAACCACCUCAAGAUGGUACCAAGAGGUAUUAUUAAAACUGCUCCUCAAUACGUCUUUUAAUACAACAGAUAAGGUAUUAACAUAUGGGAGACAUAUUUCAAAGAAUUUUGCCCAUCCUGACUAAAAAUGAUUGGGAUUGGUAAAUCAGGAAUUUUUAAUAUGCAGAACUUCCCCAAUUCCCCAACGGAUCAACAAUCAUCGAUUGUCAUUUCUAAUCAGUGGAUUGGCAAAAUGGAUUUGAUCAGGGAAUUGGGGAAAUGUGCCUCAGAUGCAUGGGCCCCAUUACUUUCAACAAAAUGUGUUAUAUCCUACACAGUUACAACAGAGUAAAAUAAAGGAUUUGUGCAUUAUACAGUAGUGUUUUUGGAUGUGCAGAAGUUAAUUAAACGAUGUAGGAAUAUGAAAACUAAUAUUUAUAUAAAUUUCUAUGUUCCUUCCUGCUUAGUUAAUAACUAAUUUAAUUUGUUAAACAGGUGUGUUGUCUUAAAGCAUACACUAUGAAUAGACACCUCCUAAUAUGGAGUGUAGGUAGAAGUGAUACAGUAUUUGUCCAUUUAUACAGUAAGCCAAAUGCUAAAGCUAGAAAUAACAGUGAAAGACAGGGCACUUGGAAGGCAGGUGUUAUGAUAACCAGUUUUUAUACAGUCUUGGAGUAAUCCUUGACUUCUCCCUCUCCUUCAAACCACACAUUCAGCACCUCUCACAAUCCUGCCGUUUUCAUCUAAAAAAUAUUUCCAGGAUCAUACCCUUUCUGGCCCAGGACUCUACUAAGACCUUUAUCCACUCACUGGUCAUCUCCAGACUGGACUACUGUAAUCUCCUCCUGACUGGCAUUCCUGACAAAUACCUCUCUCCACUUCAGUCUAUCCUCAAUGCUGCUGCCCGGCUCAUUUUCCUCACCAAACGCACUACGUCCACCUCUCCUCUCCUACUAGACCUUCACUGGCUUCCCUUCCCUUUCAGAAUCCAUUUCAAGCUUCUCACACUCGCUUACAAUGCACUCACCCACUCCUCUCCCAUCUACAUCUCUGACCUUAUCUCCCUUUACACUUCCACCCGUCCUCUUCGCUCGGCUAAUGCAUGCCUCCUGCCUACGGAUAACUUCCUCCCACUCCUACCUCCAAGAUUUUUCACGUGCUGCACCACUUCUCUGGAAUUCCCUACCUCUACCCCUCAGACUCUCCACCUCUCUACAAAACUUCAAACGGGCUCUCAAAACCCACUUCUUCACCAAACCCAGCCAAAUCUCUUCCUAACCCUCUGUUCCACGCUCUCUAUGUACCCCAUCUGUGUCACCACUGUCUGUCUACCCCUCCCCUUUAGAAUGUAAGCUCUCACGAGCAGGGCCCUCUUCCCUCAUGUGCUUAUCCUUUUUCUUACUUUAAUAAUCUUCAACUGCACCAAAUCCAGCAGUCUUCUGCCACCUGAUUCUUAUUUCAGGGUCAUCUGCUGAUGUAGCUAUAUUUAUUUACCCUGUACUUGUCCUAUAUUGUCAUCAACUGUAAGUCGCUGUUUUCCUGUUUUGAUUAUUUGUUUAUGUACUCUGUAAUUGGGCGCUGCGGAACCCUUGUUGUGCCAUAUAAAUAAAGGAUAAUAAUAAUAAUACAGAUGGAGCCACGCUCAUAUGAGGCGACUCCAUCGUAGAUGAGCACUCCCGGUGUGAUUAGGCGAUCCGUCUGCUUAGUCAUGCCGGGAGUGCAGUGAGACGCUCCCAUUCAAGUAAAUGGGACGAGUGCGCGUUAUGGACGUGUGCAUGCCCCAGACAUGACGGGAGGCACGCCCAGGCACAGAUGAAGCCACGAUUAGCGUGGCUCCAUCUGUAUGUAUAUAUAUAUAUAUAUAUAUAUAUAUAGCAAACUAAACUAAUGACUCUCUUUCAUGCUUUAUUUUAUAUAUAAGGAAAAUUAACAUGUAUUAACAUGUAUUUUUAGAAUUGUCUAUUUUAUUUUAUUUUAUAACCGGCCGGUACUGUGUAUUUUGAUGUGUAUAAAUCUCAAUUGUAUUUGUAAAUUCAUAUAUACAUAUAUAUAUAUAUAUAUACACACACGUAUAAACUGAUUAUUAUAACACCUGCCUUCCAAGCGCCCUGUCUUUCGCUGUUAUUUCUUGAUAUCUUGCAGGAGUGAAGUAUUCUCCCUUUUGGUGGCAGCUAAUAAUACAGGUGUUUGUUUUCUUUGACACUGUUUAGAAAAAUAUCAGCGUCAGAUAACUUCCUUUUUAUUGUAAAUGCUAAAACUAGCCUGAACAUUUUUUGGCCACAAGAUAUAGAGGUUGAUGCUGAGUUGGAUGCGUUGCUCCUCAAAUCACAGGCAUACAUGUUGUCACUACAGAAGCUGCAGUUGCUACUAUUGCAAGAUACAGCAAAUUAUCAUCAUUAUGAAUUUGCACAUGCCAUCAAGCACUUAGAAAUGAUAAGGCUUAGAAGGGGGGGAUUUAUCAGAGCUUGGAGAGAGAUAAUGUGAAUAUAGAAGAAGUACCAACUAAUUAGCUCCUUAGUGUCAUUUUCAAUCACAAGCAGAUGUACUAAGCCUUUGUGAGUGAUCGAGAGAGAUAAUCUACCAACCAAUUAGCUCCUGUUAUUUUUCAAACACAGCCUGUAACAUGGCAGUUAGAAUCUGAUUGGUUGGUAUCCACUUUAUUUCUCUCUAAGCUUUGAUAAAUAUCCACCCUGGACAAACUGGUUCACAGUAACAUGCGCCUACUGUACCUGGCCAUACAUUAGUCCAGCCCUUCUCUCCUCUGUAUUGCCUCUUCAGACAGAAGUGGGUGCAGGUAUCAGAUUCAUGCAAAUGUAUAGGCCUGUGUUCUAAGAAAAGCGAUGCUACAUAUUUUAUGUAGUGGAAAUUGGCAAAGGUUAUAUAUAAUAUAUAUAUAUAUAUAUAUAUAUAUAUAUAUAUACAAUCCAAAUCCUCUGAGGAAAGUGCCGCUACACAAUAAACGGGCACUGAAACAUUACUUGAAAAACUACCACCUGUAUCUUUGAUUUAUUGACGUGUCUGGGAGUGCCGCACCAGAGGAUUUGGAUUGCACAUAUUUUGUGAGGGCACCCGGAUCAGCAGUAUGCAGUACAGGGAGAGCCGGACCAAAACGAGGACAUAUACUGUAUAUAUAUAUAUAUAUAUAUACACUGUGUAUGUAUAUCUAUAUAUCCAUCUAUCUAUCUAUCUAUCUAUCUAUCUAUCUAUCUAUCUAUCUAUCAUCUAUCUAUCACACACACACACACACACACACACACACACACACACACACACACACACACACACACACACACACACACACACACACACACUAGGGGAGUAGGCACAGCUUACCAAUACCUGUAUUGUACAGUGCAGGCUGAUCAGGACACUCAUUAGCUUCUUUGGUUUAUUUAUUUUGAUCUUUAUGCUUUUAUCACUUGUGUUAUAAUAAUAAGUGGUUGUGGUUUGCUUUUAAUACAUACAUUUGUUAGAUAAAUUAAGGUGUUACUUGUAAACGAUCUCUUAUUAUAGUGGGCAUGUUCUGUACAUGUUGGCUAUUUUACAUGAUGAUGAGACACACUCCAGAGAGACUACAGGCCUUGGAGUGUAACUAUGGUAACAGAGUGAUUCCUGCUCUUGCUGACGCUCCAUUUCUCCAGUGCAUUAUAAAUAUUUUAUGCAAGAAAAUGUCUCUGUGCUGCAAUCCUUAAGAACAAAAAAAAACACUGCCUGUAAUUUCUAUUUUACUAAACAUGUGUCCUUUAUAGUAUACUCAUUGUAUAUCCCGUAUGUUUAUUAUGUGAGAAUACAGAGACUACAAAUGUGACAAAUACAAGUGAUGCAGUAGUACCUUUACAAUCAAAGAUACUAACCAGCAUCCUGUUACAACAUCUAGUUUACAUAAAUACAACAUCUUACUAAUCAACCCCUGCAAGAGAAAUCUGUUAAACAUUUUAUACAGACUGUAGGACAUAUUUACCAAGUAGUGAAAUAUUAUUUCUCAACCAUCUAUUGAUUGGGUGUGGUUCAUUAGGUCGACAUGAGUUAAGUCGACAUACAUUGGGUCAACCACGUUUGGUAAAAAUGCAUUAGGUCGACAUGGUCACUAGGUCGACAUGGAAAAAGGUCAACAUGAGUUUUUUUUUACUUUUUUGGUGUCCUUUUCUUUGAAUAGUGACAGGGAACCCCAAUUAGUGCACCGUGCCUCGCUCUGCUACCGCUGCGCUCGGCACAGGUUACCAUUCCCAAUUGUAGUUCACAUGGAUCGUUAAGUAUGAAAAAGGUCAAAAAAUUAAAACAAUUGUGACAAACUUAUGUCGACCUUUCUCCAUGUCGACCUAAUGACCAUGUCAAUCUAGUGAUCAUGUCGACCUAAUGCAUGCCGACCAAACAUGGUCGACCCAAUGUAUGUCAACCUAACUCAUGUCGACCUAAUGACCGCCAUCCUAUUGAUUUAUUCCUAUGUACUAAAAGUUACCAAUGGCGAUUGCUAUCGCCAAACAUUACCAUCAGUAUCUAUUGGUAAAGCUCUCUGAUGAAGGCUUCCCCUGCCAAAACACACAAAAGAACAUAAUAAUCAGGUGCACAAAUGCUAUUGAAGAUACUAUUGAUGGAUCGUAAGAACAGUUAGCAAUAUAAGAAGUUUCCACUAGCCUCAAAAAAAUCAAGUAGGGAAUAUUGCAAUGUAAAUGAAAGCGGCAUGUGUAUCUGAAAACCAGAGUACAAGAUCAGUGUAGACAUAAAAAAAAGAAUAUUUUUUAUUCACUAACAUUUAAUAUAGUAUUAAAAUAUAUAAGCUCCUAAGAGUUGCAAUUCCCCCUGGAGGCACCUAUUUAAAAAGAAUAAUGGUAACUCCACCGUCCUCCAAUCUCUAUCGCCAUUACUGGAUAUCAAGCGCUGCACCAGUCAAAAGAAAAUGCUUUAUUACUGUAGUUAAAUAAAUCCUUGUUUCCUUUUUUUUACAUUAAAAUAAUUAUGUGGGAGAUUUAUCAAAACUUGGAGAAAGGUAAAGUGAAGAGAGAUAAAUGACCAACCAAUCAGCUCCUGUCAUUUUUCAAACACAGCCUGUAACAUAGCAGAUAGGAGCUGAUUGGUUGGUACUUUAGUCUUGUACACUUGGAGUGGACCAUCUUUCAGCUGCCCAGUGAUAGAUCAGGGAGAAACUGGAUUUAUAUUGCUGCAAUUAGUGGUGAUAUGUUCUAUCUGUGUUAUCUUGAUAAAUAUGCCCAAUUUUCUCAUAUGGCUGCCAUAUUUUGAAAACAUAAAAGCACUGUGCUUGGCUAGGUUCAUAAAAUGGUUCUUACUUAGUUAUGCAAUCCAAAAGAAGUAUAACAGAUAUAUGGGGUCAUAUGUAAUAGGGUCCGAGUUUGACGGAGGUGUGGGAUGCCAGACGGUCUUGGAUGUUUUUUUUUUAAAGCGGCAAUUGUUUACAAGGCACAACCAUGUCUUGUAAAUGAUUGGCGCUUUAAUAAAAAGCCUGAGAUCGUCCAGCAUUCCGUACCUCCGGCAAACUCUGACACUAUUACAUAUGCCCCAUGAUGUUGUUUGUGUUUUCUCCAUAAUACAUGUGUUUAUGGGAUGUUUUUCUAUUUGCAUUUCUAUUAGUGCUAUGUUCAAAAAUUACAUUCGGAAAAAAUAAAUAUCCUGGGAUGAUAGGGAUAUAUGGAAGUCCCAAAUAGAUGCAUUCAAAAGUGUCAGAUACACAAGGAAAGUCCAUUAAAACUUAAAUGUGCUAAUGUCUAAGUCUGUGGUAUAGUCUGCUGCACAGUCCACUCAGCUGCAGCCGUCUCUAGCAAAAACAAAUAAUAGAAACUGGUUUCUUCUUUUUUUUUCUACAACUAUUCAUGUAAGACCUGACAUUUGUGUGAUGCUUGUGAAUCAUUAUCAACUGAAAAUGAAUAUUUUUACAAACUUCCAAUGACCUGUUUAUUUAAAACAGAACAUGCUAGGAUAAAUAUUUUAUUUUAUUUAUUUGUAUUUAUUUAACUUAUUUUACCAAGAAUAAAGU